AUGUUGGCGGGGGCGUCGGCGGCCCGCGGGCUCCUGCAGCUGCUGCUGCCGCUCCUGCCGCUGCCUCAGGUGACGCUGGGCUUCUCGGACGGCAGCUGCGACCCCUCGGACCAGUGCCCGCCCCAGGCCCGCUGGAGCAGCCUGUGGCACGUGGGGCUUAUCCUGCUCGCUGUCCUGCUGCUGCUGCUGUGCGGGGUCACGGCCAGCUGUGUCCGGUUCUGCUGCCUCCGGAAGCGGGCACAAGCCCAGUCGCACCUGCCGUCGGCACCUCAGUCUUGCGACCUGACGGUCAUCCCUGUGGACAGUGACAGCCCCGUGCACAGCACUGUGACCUCCUACAGCUCCGUGCAGCACCCGCUGGGUAUGCGGCUGCCCCUGCCGUUCGGGGAGCUGGACCUCGACUCCAUGACCCCUCCCGCCUACAGCCCCGUCUACACCCUGGAGCUGCCUCCCUCCUAUGAUGAGGCUGUCAAGAUGGCCAAACCGGCACAGGAAGAGCCACCCCCUCAGUAGCUUAGUCCCCUCCCCCAGGUCUCAUGCCUAGAGACUCCUCCAAGGUCCCAGGAGCUGAGCCGCAAAGCUCAGUACUACCAGCUGUCGCCCUGGUGCCCCUCAGAGGGAGUGAGGAGUUCUCCUGAGCUCCGCAUGCCCCCAACCACCUCGUGCUCAAAGGAGACCCCCAGCCCACCCUCACCAUCCUUCCUCCCGGGAAGGCCAGACAUCCAGCACAUUGCUGCAGCCCUGGCCUCGUUGCUAUGCAACGCCAGGCAGACACACACACACAC